GGCAAAUCGCUCUCUUUCUCCGUCGUAAUAACCUAACGUUGAUUUAAUCAUCUACGUACACAUGUACGCACCAUGUAUGUGCGAUUAAAGCAUCGAAUGUUUUCCUUUUGCAUUCAUAAAAUGACCCGUUCGUGGCUCAAUUAUGUAAUACAAUAAAUUACGAUACUAAAAAUAUCCUGACGAGAUACGAUGUAGAUGCGGAAAUCAAACUUCGAGACUUUUAUAGUUGGCUUAGAUUGAAUUAUAAAAUGGUGCCCCACGUCAAAUCAUUUUACUCGUUCUAAUUUGAAAAUAGCGCGCUUCUGGAUACGUAUUUGAUGGCGCUUCGAUCGAUCGGUGUAAAAAGUAAUUUCUUUUCGAGCGCUAGAUGGCUCUUGAUUUAGAAAUAAAAUGGAGUAUAAUUGUGUGUUUGACCCUUCGCCUCGUCAUACUCCGUGUAUUUUACUUUUAAGUGGUUGAUGGCGUUUGUAACGGUGAAGGAAAAACGAUAGUGAUCGUUAACGUAAAUUCAUUGCUACAUAACGUAAACGGGUAGGAAAAGGAUGAGGGAAAAAAUCAAAGUAUCCAUUUCUUUUCGGAUCUUGAAAGAAUUUUUCAAGCAAUGAUGACGUUCAUUUGCUAGUUAUGGCUUUUUCUUUUAUAUUAAAGUAUUAUAUCGGUAUUUUCUUACAAGUGGGACAAAGUUUGUCGCUUUAAUGGACUUUUCAAUUAUGGUUUAUGAUUACGUAGCUUUCCAUAGGGAAAAAGGUAUAUAUAAUAAGUGCUGCGAUGGAAAGUUUUGGUGCAUCAAGGAUAUUUGUGGAAUUAUAUGUGCUGUCCUGACAUGGUUGCUAAUAAUUUAUGCGGAAUUCGUAGUUAUGGCUAUCAUCCUUAUUCCUUCUAUAAAUACUUUAUAUUCAGGCCUAAAUAUGGCUUUGUUUCAAUCCCUAGCAUUUUUGGCAUUUGCCUCUCAUUUAAGGACAAUGUUUACGGAUCCAGGUGCUGUACCAAAGGGUAACGCGACCAAAAAAAUGAUACAACAAAUGGGAUUCCGAGACGGUCAAGUUGUCUUUAAAUGUCCAAAAUGUUGUUCCAUAAAACCGGAUAGAGCUCAUCACUGUUCCGUUUGUCAAAGAUGCAUUAGGAAAAUGGAUCAUCAUUGCCCAUGGGUUAACAAUUGCGUUGGGGAAAAUAAUCAAAAAUACUUUGUAUUGUUUACUUUUUACAUAGCAGGCAUAUCGCUGCAGUCUCUUCUCUUGUGCAUACAACAGUUUAUAACGUGCGUAAAACACGAAUGGAGAGAAUGUUCGACGUUCAGUCCACCUGUGACCGUUGUCCUUUUGCUAUUUCUAACAUUCGAAGCACUUUUGUUUGCUAUUUUUACAGCUAUAAUGUUGGGAUCGCAAUUGCAGGCCAUUUGGAAUGAUCAAACCGGUAUAGAACAACUUAAAAAAGAGGAAGCACGGUGGGUUCGUAAUAGCAAAUGGAAAUCCAUACAGGCCGUUUUUGGCAGAUUUUCUAUCGCUUGGUUUUCUCCGUUUACUUCGCCUCCGAAUACAAAAAAGAAGUUAGAUGCCUUCUUAUAUACUGUAUAAGUUAUUUGGAUAUGGAUUGUGACAUAAAUAUUUAAUACAUGUAAAUAUAAGGUAAAUAUGACACAUUGUAUCGAAUGCGUGCUUGUGUAUCCGCGCAUACAUGAUAUCUCUCUUUCAAUAUAUACAUGUAUAUUGGAUAAUCUUCGAUGUAUGCAUGUGUGCCUACGUGUACAUGUGUGUGUGUAUAUAUAUACACGUAUAUAUACAUGUAUAUGUAUAUAUAUGUAUAUGUAUGUAUACAUAACGUGUAAACGCAAAUGUAUUGUGUAUGCACAAGCAGAAAAUGUAAUGAUGCUGUUUUCCAAAAUAUCAUAUAUACAAGUAGCAAUGAAAAAUACAUAUUAACGAUAACAUUCCUUCAAGAAGCUAAUGGUAGUUACUUCACAACAGUUUCGGGAGAACCUUUCCAGAAUAGUUCGAUUGGAACACACUUGACCUAUGAUCUAUGGAUUAGUCGAUACGUUAUAAGACUAAUUUGCAAGUUUCGUAAAAAAUUGUUUACUCAUAUUUUUUUAUUUAUUACAAAACCCAAUGCGAGGAUUCACACAGAUGGAAAGUGUAAUAAUAAAUGGUGAUAAUGUAAUAGUACAAGUACUUAAGAAGCAUAAUUUUUAAAUAUUUACAUAAACAUAAAAUUCACAUUUAUUCGUUGUGCAUUUAACUUAAAUUUUUAUAUAUAUACGAAUCAUAUCUUUAUGCACUUAUUGAUUUAAGCGCAGUUGAAAGUAUUCUAAAGAAAUUAUAUGAGAAUGCCUACGUUUAAGUGCACGAUCUGUUUAUUUAUUUGUUAUAUUAUUUGAUAUAUUAAUUUAAUAUGACUCGUUUGAUAAGACUUUUUCUAACGAAAGUAAGAGAAAAAUUUCAAAAACUACAAAAUAAAAUUACAUUUUUUCUUCUUUUUUCAUCCAUCUAAUGCAAGGUAAUCUUGCAUAUAUUUUAUAUCAAUGAAACUGUUCGAUCUUAACGAAUGAAUAAUGUAUUUAAUAAUUUCCUAUCAUAUCGUGCUACGAACGUAAAUUAUAGCGCUAGGGAAAUUAUUAAAUAUAACUUACAGGAAUAAAAUAAUUAUUUCUUCUUUUUAUAUGAGGAAUUCUCUCUUUCUCUCUCUCUCUCUCUCUCUCUGAAUAAAAAUUAUAUAUUCGAUAUUAUAUCUAGGAUCGAGAAUUAUAAAUAUUUUCUAUCUGUUACAUUUCGCUUUAUACUGUCAUUUUCUGCGUAAUUAUGGGAAAGUUGCGAGGGGAGUGAUGGCGAUGACUUAUUUUGACACACACACACACACACAGACACGUAUAUAUCGUAUCUAGGGCUCUGAUAUUACUUUUGAAAAAUGAUUUGCUUUAAAAUAAUAUUUUUAAAUGAUAUUGAAUAUGAAGUAUUACAGAUUUAAGAAAUUAAUAUAAAUCUUUUAUUUACGAUAGGUGAAAAGAGAAUUAUAAUAUAUAGGUAAUGAUAAUGCUCGAACAUUAUUCGAAAAACUGGUUGCAAAAAUGGUACAUGUAUCCUAUAUUUAUGUUUGAUUUAGAAUUGUUUAUAAUCGUUUAAAAUAACUAGAACGAAGAAAUGAUCUCUUAACCGUACGAAAGACUGAAACAUAGUGUUAAUAUCGCUCGAUCAUACGUAACAUUUAAGCGAGCGUUUAAAUCUGUAUAAUUCGUGCAGAAUUGUACUUUAAUAAUUUUCCUUAAGAACGUAUAGUUUAUAUCGAUUCGUUUUUUAGAAUCAGUUUUAUAAAAUAUAAAUUUAUACGAUAUAAUUAAAUAUUUUUCUUUUUAGUUAUCACGAACCUUAUUUAUGACAAUUUCAAAUACGCAUCACUAUUCUUGCAUCCAGUUUCUUAAUUAUAAAUUAUUGUCUUAAUUAUUAUUAUUGUCCAAUGUACACAAUAAGUAAUAUUUAUUAGCGACAUCACGGUAGAGAGAUUUAGGAUAUUUUCAUAUAUUAAUUUUAUAUACCUUCAAAUGCACCCUUUAGGACAAGAAGAAAAAAAAGAAAAAUGAAAAAUCGAUGCACUUUGUAUACGCUAUGUCUUAUUUAUAUUUGGAUGUAACAGGUCAUAUUUUAUGCGAUAUUAUACAUAUGGGGAAAAUAUAGUGCUGCCGAUAUUAUUGAUUCUAACGAGA